AUGCAGCGCCGCAAAUCCUCCGUCCACUCCCAGACCUUCCCCACCACGCCCCCCGUAUCCCAAAGUGCUCAUAACAAUGGCAUGUCGGCAAGCCCGCCAGAAAUGUUUAGCGACGAUGGCAAUAGCAAUGUGAGCAAAGCUUCCAUGAAUACUAAUGAUAAGGUAGGAGGCACAGGCGGGGACAGCGGCGAAGAUGACGAGUCUACGGUACCGAAAAAGCAGCUUCUGGCGUUGGCUAUCAUCUCGCUUUCUGAGCAGACUGCGUUGAACAGCAUAUCGCCCUAUCUACCGGAGAUGACGGGGAGGUUUCCUGAGGUUGAUCAGCAAAAGGUUGGGUUGUACGUUGGAAUUGUUGCGAGCUCGUUUGCAGCGGCUCAGUUCGCGAGUGGGUGUCUUUUUGCUCGCUUCUGCGCUCGGGGAGAGGAUAUUUCCUGACACGUUGGUUCUUGGGCGAUCAGCGAAUUUCUUCUGGGGAAGGCUGAGUGAUCGGAUUGGGCGGAAACCCGUUAUUCUCUUUGGAACGCUGGCUACUGCAGCCUGUUUCGUGGCUUUCGGGUUUUGCGAGACUCUUUGGCAGGCGAUAGUGGUGCAGGCAAUCACGGGGCUGGUCAACGGCAAUGCUGGUGCGUUACCCUCCUACAUCCGGGCACCUCGCGUAUCAUAGAAUGUUCGCCCCUCUCUAACCCUCACCCUAGGAAUUGUCUCAACUAUUCUGGGAGAGAUAACUGAGAAACCGAAUCAAGUUUGGGCUUUCAAAUAUCUCCCGGUGGUGUACGGAAUUGGUGGUAUAGCUGGACCGUUGAUUGGCGGGGUCCUCGCACAUCCUGUCGCUGGCCAACCAUCUGGUCCUAUCACUGGAUUGUUUGCGGAGAAUCCAUAUCUCUUGCCCAAUGCUGUUUCGGCCGGAAUUCUAUUGUUAGAUUUGCUACUCACCAUCUUCCUACUCGACGAGAGCUUAAAAGAAGCGAGGAAGCUCCCUCCUCUCGGAGAGCGUGUGAAGAACCUAUUUUUUUGGCUCUGGGAAUUUACCUCCGGUUCACGGCCAAGUUACCUCCGUGUUUCUCAGAACUGCUCAGAUGAGUCUGAGGACGAGGAAGGAGAUUCGUCCCCAUACCCGACGGACCAUUCAGGCUCGCCUUCCGCACCAGCUCUCUUUCCCGAGGUUGCCACUCCUGCGCCCUACGGCUCUAUCUUAAAACCGCCAAUUAUCGUCUUCCUAAUAACAUAUGCUAUCUUCAACCUAUCCAACGUCUCCUACAACUCCCUAUACCCAAUAUUCAUCUCAAGUCCACCGCCCACCGGACGUGGGCUUUCGCCGAAGGAGCUGGGACUCUCACUCUCCUUCGUCGGCAUAGUUACCGUAAUCUUUCAGCCGCUUUUGUUUGGCCGCCUCCAAUCACGCUUUGGAAAUCUCUGGGGAUACCGCUCUGCCCUCGCCGGACUUGCGGUUGCGUUCUGGGCGAUGCCCUUCGUGGGCUACACCGACCCUGCAAACGAGCGGGGCGCUAAGAUGUGGCUAUGGGUCGAGCUAUAUUCUGUCUUACUAUUGAAGGCUGUAGCAGCUGUCGUCGGCCUCACAUGUGCGAUGCUGCUGAUAACUAAUGCAUCCCCUCGACCUUCGACCCUCGGAACGCUGAACGGACUAGCACAGACCUUGGGUGCUGGCGGAAGAGCCAUCGGACCGUUGAUCAGCGGGGGGUUAUUCACGCUUACCGCUGGAGUAGUGGACGGGGGGGAGUUGCUGGCAUGGGGGGUAUUUGGUGGGGUCUCCGUGAUCGGAUUGGGACUUUGUCUUUGGGGUGUUGACGGGGAAAGUUUUGUGGGUAGGGAGGGGGGGGAAGAGGAGGAUCUUGAAGGUGGCGCGGAAAUCCAAUAG